GCCAGCCAACGAGCCCUUCUCGCUCCUCCUCCUCCUUCCAUUUCUCGCGUCCCCAUUUCCUCCCACCAAAUACGGCACCGUGAUCCGCCACCAGCCCGCCGGCCGAUCCCCGGCCGGCCAUGGCCGCCGACUCCGCCGCCCGCUGCCCGUGGGACGAGCUCCCGGCGCACCUCCAGGAGCGCAUCCUCUCCCGCCUGCCGCUCACCGCGCUCGUCCCCGUCGCCGCCGUCUCCCGGGCGCUGCGCCGCCUCCUGCGCUCCCCGGCCUUCCACGCCCUCCUCUCCCAGCACCGCCUCGACGCCUUCUUCCUCCUCUCGCCGCGCCUCGCCUUCCACCCGCUCUCCCGGCGCCUCCUCCAGGUGCCCCCCUCGCCCCCGCUCGAUCCAUCUUGCCCUCCCCUCAUCUCCUCCGCCUCCCCCUCCUUCCUUGUCACCGCCGACUCGCUCCUCCGCCUCCCAGCGCUCCCCGACCGCUCCUACCUCAUCGCUGUCGUCGUCCCACCCUCACCCUCCUCCUCCAGCCGGGAUUACACCCUCGUCGCCGUCACCACCAACGGCGCCGCUGUCCGCUCGUAUUCCCUGGACUCCGCCGAUCCCUCCCCACGGUGGGUACCUGGGGCCGAGCUCCCGCUACCAUUUGCGAUCCUUGGCAAUGCUGCGGUCGCCAGUGACCGUGCUCGGCUCUUUGUGCUCGGCCGGGGUCCGGACGCACUUCUGGUGCUUGAUCUCGAGACCAGGAAGUGGGCUGCUCCGCCAGUUGUGAUGCCGCACGGCCUUACAACGGCGCACCUGUUUGUUCUCGAUGAUCGGCUGUUCUUGGUCGGUGGGGUGGAGAGGCUCGGGGUGCUGGAGCGGGUGGUGGUGUGGCAGUUGGACAACGACGAGGCAGUGGGAUGGGUGGAGGUAGCCGCAAUGCCGCCGGAGGUGUUCGAUGAGUUGGUGGCUGGUAGGCAUGGCAGUUUCUGGCACUUUCAGGCUGCGGACAGAAUGGGGACUCUUUGUCUGUACAAUGCUUUAGAUGGGAGGCUGGUGAUGUUUGAUGCGGUGGAUUGUGUAUGGACGAUGAUGCCACGAGUGUCUGGGUUAGGAGCCGGGGAGAGCCAAAUGUGGUUUGGGCAUGUCUUGGAGCCAGGCGUCGACCUCUUGCUGGGACAACGCAGCCCGUGUUCAUGAGGAAAUAUCUAACUUCAAGAUUCAAAGCCAUCAUAGCUAUCUCGGUUCUUUUGGGUCAAGUGUCAAUGUAUUAUGUCUUCCGAUAUUGAAUAGGAGUUGGCAGUCUACUGGAGCAUAGGCUGAAGAGUUGGGGAGCAGGAUUGGGUGUGGGAGGCAAAGAGAAGGCUUCCGGCCUGUCGAGUCCUCUCUCGUGCCCACCGUGGCCUUGUAGAAGCCGCCCCAUAGAAGUGAGGGUUUCGAUUCGGCUGGAUGUGAGCCUUAUCAUGCCUUAUUUCACCAUGGAUGGCAUUGUAUCUUGUACACAUACAGUUUAUCUAAAAAUGUACUUUUGCUAAGCUGUUUCGUGUAGGCAGCCUAACCUUUUUAUGUUCUCACAAUGGAAGAUUAUGUUUUCAUUGUAAAACUACUUUACAAUCAAGAGAGAAGACUACUUAGUUCUAA